AUUCCAUCGGAAAAGGGCAACAGUCUGCCAUGUUAAAUCGUUUAUUAGGGAAGGGCAGCUAUGAAUCAUUUGAUAUGAGAUGCAUGGUAACCGGUCAAUUUUCUGUUGGGAAAACGACUCUUGUGAAGCUGUUAGCUGGGGAUGUCCUACCAGAAGGGCGACAUCCAACUGAUGGGAUUUCUCUGGUAGAAGGUCGCUGUGGCCUCGACAUUCAGUCAAAAGAGUGGAUUCUUGUUGAUCCAGACUCUUACAAUGCCCUAGAUGUUGUGUACCAUAAGGUUUUAAUGACCUCUCUGGAAGAAGAGGAGGAGAGUGAAGUUACCAACAAAGCUUCAGAUACAAGCCCAACUGGUUAUGCCAAAGCUACACUUUCCUCUUUGCCCUCAGAACAGUCUGCAACAGCACAAUCUCUACCAUCUACAAAAUCCUCCAAUGUGCCUCACAAAGUAAACCAGAUGGAACAGAAAAUGAGAACAAGAAUGACUAAAGAAGAAAUAAGAAAGAAAAUGGAAAAAGUCCUCAAAAGUGGGAAGUAUAAAAUGAAAGUUGGACGUCUUAUCUUCUGGGAUUUUGGUGGACAAUACGUUUAUUUAACAACACACCAGACCUUUAUGACGUUCCGGGCAUUGUUUCUUGUAGUAUUUGAUGGGAGCAAAGAUUUGCAUGAACAGGUCCCUGAUGUGAUGUGUUUUCCAGGGCAGCACAUGACGCCAACGCCAGCAGUAUUCUUGCAAUAUUGGGUCAAUUCCAUCCUGACCUAUUGUAAGGUUGUAUAUGCAGGCAUUCCAAAGAUCUUGUUUGUUGCCACUCACAAGGACAAAGUACUAACGGAGAAUAUUGAGACCAGACGUGAAGAGCUUUACAGAGGAAUUGAGGAGUUGUUUAAAGACCACGAGGGAAAACAUCAUCUAGUCCUUAGACCUCUAAUAUUUGUCAAUGCCAAAGAUGAAGCCGACCCAGAAAUAGAAGUUCUGAAGAAAACAAUAACAGAACUUACAUUCGACCACCCAUGCUGGGGUGAAAGAAUGCCCAAUGCUUGUGUUCCACUAGAGCUAGAGAUCGCUUAA